GCUCCGGAACCAGCGCAGCGAGUCCCAGGGCUCCAUGGAGUGCCCCAACCUGGAGUUCUGCUACGGAGACGCCGACGGCCUCGCGCCGGAGCUGGCAGAGCUCUACAGCUACACGGAGGAGCCCGAGUUCGGCGCCAACCGCCGCUGCUUCGAGGAGGACCUGUCCCCCGCGGCGCGCGGCCGGCGCUGGGCGCAGCUGGGGGACGCGCAGCAGAGGGGCCUCGUCAUGCGCCUGCUCGACGGGCUCGACGCGGCCGGCAGGGAGCGGCGGCUGCGGGCGGCGCGCGCCCUGCUCUACCUGGCGCAGGGCACCUUCGGGGACUGCGAGGACGAGGGUGACGUCCUGCGCUGGUCGCGGCACAACUGCUUCCUGCUCUACCAGAUGGGGACCUUCUCGGCCCUCCUGGAGCUCCUCAACAUGGAGAUCGACAACAGCCAGGCGUGCAGCAGCGCCCUGCGCAAGCCGGCCGUCUCCCUGGCCGACAGCACGGAGCUCCGGGUGCUGCUCAGCAUCAUGUACCUCAUGGUGGAGAACAUCCGCGUGGAGCAGGAGCCGGAGCCUCCCGCCUGGAAAAGCUGCCGCGAGACCUUCCGGAAGGAGCUCAGCUUUCCCGGGCAGGCCGAGGAGCCCUUCGCGCUCCUGCUGCUCACCAUGCUGACCAAGUUCUGCAGCGGACAUGCUCCGCACUUCCCCAUGAAGAAGGUCCUGCUGCUGCUCUGGAAGGUGCUUCUGUUCACGCUGGGCGGCUUCGAGGCGCUGCAGGCCACCAAGGUGAGGAGGCGGCAGGAGCUGGGGCUGCCGCCGCUGCCCGAGGACAGCCUGGAGGUGACGCGCAGCCUGCGCGCGGCCUCGCCGCCCGCCUGCUCCGCGGAGCCCUGCGAGCCGCCGCCGCCGCCCAAGCGCGGCCACCGCAGCCGGCGGCCCCUGGUGAAGCAGGACAGCCUGGAUAUCUACAACGAGAGAGACCCCUUCAAGAACGACGAGGCGGGAGCGGACGAGGAGGAGAGCGAUGAGGUGGACGGCGGCAUCGAGGGCGAGCUGGACCUGAUGGAGCGGGAGGCGGUGAUCCCGGCCGUGCCAGCUCAGCGCCCGCCCAUGGAGAAGGUGUCCUUCCCCAAAGGGCUCCCCUGGGCGCCCAAAGUCAGACAGAAAGACAUUGAGCAUUUCUUGGAAGCGAGCAGGAACAAGUUCAUCGGAUUCACGCUUGGACAGGACACCGAAACCCUCAUAGGGCUGCCCCGGCCGAUCCAUGAAAGCGUGAAGACGCUCAAGCAGCACAAGUACGUUUCCAUCUCUGAUGUGCAGAUCAAGAAUGAGGAGGAGCUGGAGAAGUGUCCUAUGUCCCUGGGGGAAGAGGAAGUCCAAGAAACACCCUGCGAGGUCUUGUAUCGAGCCAUGUUAUACAAUCUCCCCCAGUAUAUGAUAGCGUUGCUGAAGAUCCUCCUUGCUGCAGCUCCCACCUCCAAAGCCAAGACUGACUCCAUCAACAUCCUGGCAGACGUGUUGCCCGAGGAGAUGCCCAUCACUGUGCUGCAGAGCAUGAAGCUGGGCAUGGACGUGAACAGGCACAAGGAGAUCAUCGUGAAGAGCAUCUCCGCCGUGUUGCUGCUGCUCCUCAAGCACCUCAAGCUGAACCACAUCUACCAGUUUGAGUACGUGKCCCAGCACUUGGUGUUUGCCAACUGCAUCCCGCUGAUCCUCAAGUUCUUCAACCAAAACAUCAUGGCUUACAUCACCGCCAAGAACAGUAUCUCUGUCCUGGAUUAUCCCUAUUGCACAGUGCAUGAUUUGCCCGAGCUCACAGCAGAAAGCCUGGAGGCUGGCGACAACAACCAGUUCUGCUGGAGAAACCUCUUCUCCUGCAUCAACCUGCUGAGGAUCCUGAACAAGCUGACUAAGUGGAAGCACUCCAGGACGAUGAUGCUGGUGGUCUUUAAGUCGGCCCCCAUACUGAAGCGGGCUCUGAAGGUGAAGCAGGCCAUGAUGCAGCUGUACGUCCUAAAGCUGUUGAAAAUCCAGACCAAAUACCUGGGGCGCCAGUGGAGGAAGAGCAACAUGAAGACCAUGUCUGCCAUCUACCAGAAAGUGCGGCACCGCAUGAACGACGACUGGGCUUACGGCAACGACAUCGAUGCGAGACCCUGGGAUUUCCAAGCCGAGGAGUGCACCCUGCGAGCCAACAUUGAAGCCUUCAACAGCCGACGCUACGACAAGCCGCAGGACUCAGAAUUUGCGCCCGUGGACAACUGCCUGCAGAGCGUGCUGGGACAGCGGCUGGAGCUCCCCGAGGAUUUCCACUAUUCCUACGAACUGUGGCUGGAGAGAGAGGUGUUUUCCCAGCCCAUCCGCUGGGAAGAGCUGCUACAUUACCAGUGAAAGCAGCACUGGCACCUCGGAGUAGGCAAUUGCACAUCUAUUUGGAGAGCCUUCCAUUGAUUUCUUGGAGGCCAAGCAAUACAUAUGGAUCUGCACGUGGCAGGCGAGGACCGGCUUCUAAUACCGUAUUGGUGGCAAUCUCAAGGGACUUUGAGCUCAGCCUGUCUUCACAUUUGCAUCAGUGCCUGGAAGAUCAGACUCUGGGCCUGGUGUUUAGCCCUGUUCAGGCACGUAAGUUGGUUGUAAGAGCAUCUCAUCUGUGAAAGGCUUUCACCUCUCCUAAAUACCCCACAUUGGGCCUGAUUUCUUUUCCUGGUUGUCCACUGAGAUGCUUUGAACAUCCCACUGUUGUGACCGAGAUGCCCCAGCUCCCUGCCGAAGGCAAAUACAACAACUAGUUGGACUCUCUGCAACCAUCUCAAGCAGAGGCUACAGGUUCAUUAGCCUGAGGGAGACUAAAUUACCUGGUCCCUAAAUUACCUGGUGCUGCUGAGAUUGCACAGCCCAGCUCACAGAGGCCCAUUUUCAAAACCAAUGGGUUCUGCAUCUUCACCAGGGAGAGAAAUCCAUCUCCUUUGCCACAGCUAUCCUUUUCUUCACCACUACAUUCACUUCACUUUCACACUAGAGCAAAAUGAGCCACAAGAUCAUCUGCAUUCAGAGCUGUAGAGGAAGCUGAAAUA